AUGGCAACAGCGACUCUGCUGUCGGCCAAGAAGGCUGGAGGAAAACAAUUGCCAGCAGAGAAGACACCACGUCAAUAUUCUUCAUUUUUAAGCCUGCAGAGUAGUAUGAUGUCCCAGAAAAAAAAUACAAUGGCUCUGCAAAUCUCUUCAGCAGGACUUGACAGAAUUAAAGAGCUGAAGAAUGAAAUAUUUGAGUUACGACAAAAAGUAGAAGCAUCAAGCUUAGAAAACCACGUUUUGAAACAGUUUCAGCGUCGACACUCAAAAGCAAUAGGUAGAUAUGAAAGUUCAGAAAGCAAAUUGACGAAUCUCUUAGCAGGUCAUUAUAAUGAGGUGAGAACUUUAAGGAAACUCCUGAGGAUGUCUCAGGAGGAUGAGAAAAAAACAUCCAGGAAGCUCAAAAAAGUUGAAGCAGAGCUGCUUAAAGCUAAAGACGCUUUGCAGACCUUGCACGUGCUUUCAGAAAACAAAGCUCUUGCAGAGAGAGAAGAACUUGACCACCGAUUAUCAGUCCUUACAGAAAAAAUAGAAGUCAAUGAUAAGAGAAUACAGAACCUAGAAAAGCAAGUGAAAUUGAACAACAGAACCUUUAGUCGUCAGCUGGCAAAUGAGAACAAAAAAGCUAUGGAAGCUGGGAUAAUUACAAAGAACUUGCAAAUGGAGAUUAAUGCUCUUCACCAAAAAAUUAAGGAAAAGGAUCGGCAACUUUAUAUAAAAUAUAUAUAUGCAAAUUGGAUGCCUAAAAUACCAGAAGACAAAAAUGACCAAAGUCUAAGUAUAAACACAUCAGUUCAAGUAGAUAGAGAGAGUUUUAGAUCCCUGCUGCUGUCACAGUACCAAACUCAGGAGACAGAAAAAAGUCCAGUUCCACUAAUAAAGGAGAAAAAGUUUUCAGAAGAUAAGAAUGAAGAAGUCGAAGAAAAGGAAGCAUAUGCAGAUGGCCAGUGUAGAACAGAAAUGCCAUCAACAAAUGAACUACCAAAGCCAGAAACUUCUAAUAGAAUACACAGAGGUAUCAGACUACUGAUGGAGGAAUACCCUUGUCUGGAAUUUAUGAAAGAAGAAGAAAAUGAGGCAGACUUGCUUAAACAAGAGAUGAAAAAAAAGAUUAAAACUGAAGAAACUCCACCGAGUGACAGCGUGAAAGAGAAAAAUCAAGAGGAAGACAACAAUCCAGAGAAAGAUACAGUGGAAGAAUAUGAACAAGAAGAGAAAAAGGCACCUGAACAGUUAAUGGAAUACCCUUGUCUGGAAUUUAUGAAAGAAGAAGAAAAUGAGGCAGACUGGCUUAAACAAGAGAUGAAAAAAAAGAUUAAAACUGAAGAAACUCCACCGAGUGACAGUGUGAAAGAGAAAAAUCAAGAGGAAGACAACAAUCCAGAGAAAGAUACAGUGGAAGAAUAUGAACAAGAAGAGAAAAAGGCACCUGAACAGUUAAUGGAAUACCCUUGUCUGGAAUUUAUGAAAGAAGAAGAAAAUGAGGCAGACUGGCUUAAACAAGAGAUGAAAAAAAAGAUUAAAACUGAAGAAACUCCACUGAGUGACAGCGUGAAAGAGAACAAUCAAGAGGAAGACAAUAAUCCAGAGAAAGAUACAGUGGAAGAAUAUGAACAAGAAGAGAAAAAGGCACUUGAACAGUUAAAUAAAAGUGAGGAGCCAGAAAGUAAAUGUGUAACUCCAGGUCCAAGUAAGGAAACAACCAGUGGGGUGCAAAAACCCUCCAUGUUCUCAGAGGUCAUUGAGAAUUUGCAUCAUGGGCUUCCUACGUCGGGUACAAACCCCGCAAAAGGCAGUCUUUGCAACCGCAGACGUGCAGGUCAGGACUCGAGUGAAACAGCUGAAUCAAAAGUGAAAAAUUCCUCUGGGCUGUAUGAACCGUCUUUUGGUAAAGUUACCAAAACAAGGCAGAAGGACACCUCCACCGAAGCGGAAGGCUGCACUCAUAUGACAUGUGCUGGAAGCAAAAAGUCUUAUGAAAGAACUCUUCGGAUCAGGCAGUGUUUGAAGAGACCGCCAUUCAAGUUCUAA